CUCUCGUGGACAAGCCAUUUGAGAGCUACGCUGUUUGUUAGCCUGUCGUUGUAAGUCCAGCAUCAGUCGAUGUUUUGUGAAGAUGACUUUGAUCAUUGAUAGAAGUUCUUGUCCCACCAGUUUGUUGUAGCACCUUUUGCGGCACCUAAGUACGAUGUUGAAUGAGUUGGAAAACAAAGAUUGUUGCUGCUUUACUUCGGGAGUAUCAGGUCGGAAUAAAUAAAGAACGGUUACUCUAUCUUGUGAACCGUAUUGCGUGCUGACUCUCUAUUUUUUCAACAGCACAAAUCCUGCAAGGGGGCGACACCGACAGAGAAUAUUCAAUUGUGAUCAUGGGCGUGUUAUCUUCACCUAAUGCUAGUACAUCUCCCGCCAGGGAAGGUGGACCUGGACGAUGGCAGUACUAUAAUUUGGACGAUAAAGAUGAAGAUCUGGACGACAAGAACUUUGAUACCACCUUUGUGGUUCCUCCAGUAGGUGACUCUACUACUUCUUGCGGUUGUUCGCCAAGAACAGAAGCAGCCCUGACCUGGCGGUCGCUUUCUGACGCCCGGAUAUGGGUGGACUCUCAAACGUUACGUUCUCAACUAUUACAUGAAUUUGUCGUGCAAAACUCCCUUAAGCCGCCAGAUCAUCAAUGACUGCUUCGCAUGACAAACUUCCGCAGGGCCGCUAAAAAACAGCGUUGAAAUUAUCUGUGCGGCCACGUCUGUGAUGCGACAGCAGCAAGCUUGGCUCUUUGACUGUUGUCGUUCCUGCAUUGCAAAUUCAUGUGACAGUUGAGAGUGUACCUUUUGAGAAGGCCAUCCCGGAUUCUGCAAACGUGGGUGACGCCGGAGGACUAUGCCGAUCUGGUCUGGUACGGGAGUGUCAGGAUCGAAAUCGACAAAUAAAUCGCAAAACUUGUAAUGCAUAAAAUGUAGGGCCCAUAAGGCCUGUGUUGGAAAGGAGGCAAAUGAGACCGAUUGCAAGCCUGUUUAGCCCUAAACAUGUACUGCCAGAGUAGCAUGACAGGCGCAGUCUUCUUUGCCUAAACAGCAUGACACGCUGGGUUUUGGUGCUCCCAAAAUUUGUCAUGCGUCACUUGGAAACUGAGGCUCCGACUGGUAUCGAUUCUCAUUUUAUGCAUUACAUACAAAUUAUUUCGAUUUUGUUGAUUUCGAUCCUGACGCUUCCAUAUCUGGCUCGAAGACAAGGUGGAACAGGUUGCGAAAACGAUCGAGAUUUUUCGAGAAAGUAGUCCACCUCGUGCGUAUGACAAUGGCAAUUCUAAAAAUUCUUCUGCGAAGAUUGUCCUUGAACAAGACGUGCUGGCUGAGCACAAAGCAGGUGAGGUUGGCGCAGUAGAACAGAAGAAAAACAAAAGGGUCCGAGGACAGCACUGCCUUGAAAGAAUUUCCAAGCAGCUCUGGAACAACCGCGAGGUCGUGGACGAGGCAAGUGCAACUCCAACUCCAACUCCUGUAGUUCUUACGCAAGACGACCUACUGGGCGAAGAUGAGAGGACGGGGACCGCGACCACGCGGCCGGUGAGGGGGAUAGCAUCAAGGCCAGACCAGCACGACCUCCAGGACAUCAACUCAUGGGCCCGCAGCGGGCCAGCUGUGCAGCAGGAGCUACGGGAUGUUGAUCCUGAAGCUGUAGUCCGGGACGAGGACCACGGGGGAGAGCUGGUGGACCGCGACGAUGUUGAGCUGCCGUGGGCUGCAAGAACAGCAGCACGGCAGGGAUUUUAUUCCAGAUAUCCAUAUGCUAGCAGUAAAAAUGCAGCAGCUGAAGGUCAUGUAAGAAAUGUCCAACCUUGUAGCUCUAGCUGCUGUCCCGGUGAGACGAGCUCUUGCGAGAGAACGGACAAGAGAACCACAUCAUCUCCGCCGAGAUCAAGUUGUCUUCAAAACUCCUUUAUAAGUGGCACAACCUCAAAAAAUAAUUAUUUGCCGUCCCAAGCCGUUGCCGAUGCGAUAAAUGUCGUCGACCACCUGGAAGAUCAUGCUAGUGGAGGACUACGAGAGGACCACAAACAAGUCGUCGGGGAUGGAAGUCGUAGUCGGAAGGAUCUUCAUGUUGACCUUCUCCGCCUGCCACUCCUCGCCCCCGCCGAUUCCCAUCCCAACGCCGCUUUCUGCGUUUUUUCCGAUCCUUGCCUCCUGCACCUUCCGACCUGGGAAUUCCGGAAUUUGGCGGCCGUCUUCGGUGGAGGAUCCCGUACUGCAGCUUCAGAACAUGCAGGUCUUCCUCGUACCUUGUCGGAAGGACUUAUAGAUGUUGCUCCUUGUCCUGCAUCACAGCAGCAUCGGAGGAGAAAGCUAGCCCGCAAGCAUUUGCGGUCGCUGAUCCAAAACUUGGUCCAGUAUGUCGUCAGCGGCACUUCUGCCGCGUCGAUCAGCUGCAAUGGAGAAAUUCCAGCGGGAGAAAUUGGCGAAGAUACAGCCAGACCUUGCAGGAGCAUAAUCCAGAGGAGCCACGAAGUCGAAGACGCCACGGCUGCUGCAGGCCAUUAUCAUCAAAACGUGUUCCGAAACGGGUUUUUGAUCAAGCCCAGGAACGGGCUAUCCUGUGCAAAAGUAUCGUACUCGUAUAAUUAUUGCAGUCAUGCAUUACAAAUUUUUUUCUUGAGGUAAAUCCGCAUGGCAAAUUGAAUUUCUCAUACUGGGGAACUUUGUAAUGCAUUAAUACGAGCAGUACGAUACUUUUGCAAUGCAUACGGGCACGACUCCUUUGGCGUGACGGCGUUUCCGAUGGCAGACCUCGUCGCGGAGCUACAACUCCCGAGGGAAAAAACUACAACAGCAAAGGAUCAUGCGCGACGCAGGGAGGACGGACAGGGACAGCGGGAGUCGUGCCGCAGUUCUUCGAAUUUUCCCACCAAAAAAUGUACUUCUAGAGCCGCCAACAUGAUGAACAUGCCGCGUCCACCUCCGAAAGACACUACAGAUGGGUUAACAUGUCGUUCGGUAGUUGCACCACGCCGGCCUGAGCAGCAGGAUGCAGCCCACCAGCAGCACGAGGACCAGGCUGGCGGUCAGCACUUCUUGUUCCGGCCGCGUACAAUAAAAGUUCCUGCCUCGCUAACGGACCGGGUGUUCACGGCAAUCCAGACCGCUUUCUGCAUUCGAGGCGGGACGACGGGGACCACGAACAAAAACAGCAGAAUCCGUGACAGCUGGUGUCGGGAGAACUGGCAGCUGAGUCAGGUGCCGGAUGGAGUGGUCCUACAGCCCUUGUUUGUCACCAGACUAUUGUCUAGUACUGAUAAUGGUAAUGGUGAAGAAGAUCAAGUUCAAGAAGGAGAUUAUGCAGGAAGCGGGACCACGCCUCACGGGCUUCACGCUGCGUCCACCUCAGCACAGCUGAGCUGCUCCACCGCUGCACCACGGGGUAUGGAUUGCACAGGUACCGUGCUACAACUUCUAGGGGAUGAAAAGAUCGCAUUUAGUGCUACUUCUACUUCCCCAAUCGAGAUAAAAGUGCACGUGGUGGGGUAUCAAAAGGAAAAAGUCUCCCUCCCCAUAUCGAAACGAAAAUUUUUGAUGCUGAUUUGUGACCACAAAUCAGCCUGCGUACAAGGCAAACGGGACCCACAUGGCGCAUUGUACAGCGAGUGUGUCACCAUGCGUUUUCGCCUAUGUCAGACCUGUUUCUCAUGCUCAGCUGCUACCCAGAUGCGUACCCAAAUGGGCUUAGAUAGAAUAUGCCGAAAAGCUCUUGCUGCAAUACAGUGUACACAAAUCCAGCAACACGAAAGGCAAAAAAAAAAAAUCCAGCAACACAAAUUGUCUUUUGAAUACGGGGUGGCGGCUUUUUUCACUUUGAUAUGGGGAAGGAAGUGGUUGGCGCGACCGUGAAGCAGUACCCGCCGGACAUACUUUGGAUCGACGGCACGGGGAAGUAUGGGAGUGUCAGGAUCGAAAUCGACAAAAUCGAAAAACUUGCAAUGCAUGAAAUGUACGGCGCGCAAGGUCUGUGUUGGGAAGAAGGCAAAUGAGACCGAUUGCAAGCCUGUUUAGGGCGGGAAGAAGACGCGUUGCCAGAGCAGCAUGACAGGAGCAGUCUUCUUUGCCCAAACAGCAUGACAGACUGGAUUUUGCAGCUCCCGAAAUUUGUCAUGCGCCACUCGAAAACUGAGGCUCCAACUGGUAUCGAUUUUAUGCAUCACAAAUUUUUCGAUUUUGUUGAUUUCGAUCCUGACGCAUCCAUAGGAAAGUGUGGGUCUUUAACCGAUGGAAGCUGGACGACUCUAAGGCACGCGACCGGAUUAUGGGAGUGUCAGGAUCGAAAUCGUCAAAGUUACAAUAGUUUGCCAUGCAUAAAAUGCAGGGCACGUAACGCCUGUAUUGGGGAACAUGCAAAUGAGACCCAUUGCAAGUCUGUUUAGGGGAAGCCGAUGCGCUGCCAGAGCAGCAUGACAGGAGCAGUCUUCUUCGCCCAAACACCAUGACAGACUGGAUCUGGGUGCUCCCGAAAUUUGGCAUGCGUCACUUGGAGACUGAGGCUCCAACUGACAUCGAUUUUGUGCAUUGCAAGUUAUUUCAACUUUGUCGAUUUCGAUCCUGACACUCCCAUACGGAUUUUUCUCCAGUUCCUUGCAGACCAGCUACGGCGGUACUGGAGUGGAACCUUCGUGUAUCGCAAAAAAAAAUUUUACAGUUACACAUUGUCUUGCAGGCCAAGCAAGACAGACAAGUUCUGUCAUGCCGGAUAUGCAUAGGAGCCUCGUUUCGUAUGUGUUUUCCCGUAGGAUUUCUGCAUUGCAAGUUUUCACUCUCAUGCAGAGAAAUUUGUGUUGCCGAAAUCACUACAAGUGUGUAACUGUGACACUUUUUUCGUGGGAUAUCGCGGCAAAAAGUUUGGCUUUGGUGGAGGGGAUAAACAAGAUUCGGAGGAGCAGCUCUCAGUAUGAUCCAGAGUAAAUUCAUCAUUUCCGCCGUACUGCACGAACUACACGAGGCCAUUAUAAUACAAGCACGGUUUCUGCACGGCAAAACUUGCCUUCAGUCCUGAAGAUAUUCUAUCAGCAUGACAACUGGGACUGUCGGGUAAGUUGCAGCUGGUGACACUUGUCAUUCAUUUUGUCCGUGUCGUGCGGGAAGAAAUUUGUAUUGCAUAGUAGUACUUCUAGAGAAGAAGGAAAGAGAAGUCGGGCCAGCGAAGAGAACAGUAGUCCACCGGGGCAACAAGAAAUUCUUGUCCGUGAUAAAAAUCAUCGUUUCGCUCUUCAUAGGCAAAAUGCAAAAGUAUCGCACUCGUAGUAAAAGCAAUAGUACGUAGGCAUGCAUUACGUUUCCGACGACCAAUCAGCAUUACAAAUUACAUUUCUAAAAACGGUCUGAGCCAAUUUGUAAUGGAAUCCAUACUCGUGCGAUACUUCUGCAAUGCAUACCUCCUGAAUGCCGCCUGGAUUGGCUGGUUUCUAGCGAUUGCCGCCCAAGAUUGGGGGAGAUCACGUACCAGGGCGCCGCUUUCGCGACGAAUCAGAAACUAUAUCACGGUACACAUCAACUCCACCUCCCCCGGCUACUUUUGCAGUUCAUAAUGAGACAAUACGACCGUCCGCGCCUGGACAUGUCACAACUCAUGCACAAGAACAAGCUACAUUCGCUAGUACUCUGACCCCUGUCUCUACUACUAUCAAUCUAAGAAACCCUGUUGCUGCUUAUGCCAUAGUACAAAUGAGGAGGAGGGAGAGCAGUUUGUUGUGCCCUCUCAUAAACUAUCCAAAAGCAUGGCCGCCAAACUGUGGGAAUUCUUGUGACAAGCUGCAACUUUGUUUAUAAUACAACAGUUCGCAGAUUUGAUGAUUCUUGCCGAGAGCGACGUGCGCGCCGUGUGAAGACCGGGGCAGGCGCCUACAGAAAAAUCGAGUGUUGGUGCGUCUACAGCUAGAUUUACUGCAGUAGCAGGAGCAGCAGCUGCUUUCGAUGAUGGAGUUCUAUUUCCAGCACAACUUCUAGUUGUAGUGUGAAAAUCAUACAAAAAAUUCGAACAAAAU